AAACCGCGUAAGGUAUAAAGAAGUUACAGGGGGGCGUUUUCGGCUUCCAAUUAGGAAUAUGCUGGCUUUGUAGCAACUACCGAGGAGGAGGAUUCUAAAACCACCUCACCCGUCCCAAAGCCUGCAUUCCCUUCCUUCUGCCACGCACCCCUCCCCCAAUUUAUGACCAGGGGAGAGAAAAGGGAGCCAGGGCGCGCACUGCUCCUCUCUGCCGGUGGGAAGCAGAGAGGCCGGCCGAGGAGUUUAGUUGGACCGUAGACAUGAGUACAAUUAAGAGACAGGCGCCUCCACACCUUUUGCCGCCAUCGAGGACUAAAGUGGCCUGAAAGAGACGCCCGGCUUUCCUGUUCUCCCCAAAGGGGCUCGGAGCCGCCUCCAGUACCACGGGACUGAAGAGCAGACGUCGGGGAUUAUUAUGUUGAUUUUCCUAGGACCCGGGUUCGCAGCGCGGAACAGAAGGAAAGGCUGGCUCUUCAGGGGUCCCGCCUGCAUUUGAUACACAGAAACUCCUGAGAUUGACCAGAUUGCCCUGGAUCAGCGACUUUCCUAUGUUCGCAUCCCGUAUCGUUAAAGAAAAAUAUUGUUAGCCGCGUUGUUCUUUUACCACUAUCAGUGAUACACUGAAGGAAAGAUACCAGUCUCUUCAUUCAACGUAUGCUUUAUUUUAUUUUAUUAUUAUUUUUUUGCCAAAAUGACCUCUAAUUGAAAGUUUAUUUUUGGUUUUGGAUGAAUCUGUGGAGCUUAUGUUGUAAGAAGAAAGGGGGAUCGAGACACAAUGAAAGAGAAGUCCAAAAAUGCUGCCCGGACUAGGAGGGAGAAGGAAAACAGUGAAUUUUAUGAACUGGCUAAAUUACUGCCUUUGCCCUCGGCUAUCACCUCGCAGCUGGACAAAGCAUCCAUAAUCAGACUCACGACCAGCUAUCUCAAAAUGAGAGUAGUGUUCCCAGAAGGGCUCGGCGAGGCGUGGGGCCAUUCGAGUCGGACCAGCCCUUUGGACAAUGUUGGCCGUGAAUUGGGCUCGCAUCUGCUCCAGACCCUGGAUGGUUUCAUCUUUGUGGUGGCCCCAGAUGGGAAGAUCAUGUACAUUUCAGAGACAGCCUCAGUCCACCUGGGGCUUUCUCAGGUAGAACUGACCGGGAACAGCAUUUAUGAAUAUAUCCACCCCGCGGACCACGACGAGAUGACGGCGGUGCUCACGGCCCAUCAGCCCUACCACUCUCACUUUGUCCAGGAGUACGAGAUCGAGCGGUCCUUCUUCCUGAGGAUGAAGUGCGUCUUGGCUAAGAGGAACGCCGGCCUCACCUGCGGAGGCUACAAGGUCAUUCAUUGCAGCGGCUACCUGAAGAUCCGCCAGUAUAGCCUGGACAUGUCCCCCUUCGACGGCUGCUACCAGAACGUGGGCCUGGUGGCCGUCGGCCACUCGCUGCCACCCAGCGCCGUCACGGAGAUCAAGCUGCAUAGCAACAUGUUCAUGUUCCGUGCCAGCCUGGACAUGAAGCUCAUCUUCUUGGACUCCAGAGUGGCGGAGUUGACGGGGUAUGAACCUCAGGACCUGAUCGAGAAGACUCUGUACCACCACGUGCACGGCUGCGACACCUUCCACCUGCGCUGCGCCCACCACCUGCUGCUGGUGAAAGGGCAGGUGACCACCAAGUACUACAGGUUCCUGGCGAAGCACGGCGGCUGGGUAUGGGUGCAGAGCUAUGCGACCAUCGUGCACAACAGCCGCUCGUCCAGGCCACACUGUAUCGUCAGUGUCAACUAUGUUCUCACGGACACGGAGUACAAAGGGCUGCAGCUCUCCCUGGAUCAGAUCUCAGCCUCCAAACCAGCCUUCUCCUACACCAGCAGCUCCACUCCUACCAUGCCUGACAACAGGAAGGGGGCCAAGUCCAGGCUCUCAAGUUCAAAGUCAAAAUCCAGGACUUCCCCAUACCCUCAGUAUUCGGGCUUUCACACGGAAAGAUCGGAAUCUGAUCACGACAGCCAGUGGGGCGGGAGUCCCCUGACGGACACAGCGUCUCCGCAGCUCCUGGACCCCGCCGACAGGCCAGGAUCUCAGCACGACGCGUCCUGCGCCUACAGACAGUUCUCGGACCGCAGCUCGCUCUGCUAUGGCUUUGCGCUUGACCACUCCAGGCUGGUGGAGGACAGGCAUUUCCACACCCAGGCCUGCGAGGGAGGCCGGUGUGAGGCCGGCAGGUACUUCCUGGGAACGCCGCAGGCCGGGAGGGAGCCCUGGUGGGGCUCUCGCGCUGCUUUGCCCCUGACCAAGGCCUCCCCAGAAAGCCGAGAAGCCUAUGAAAACAGCAUGCCUCACAUCGCUUCCGUCCAUAGGAUCCACGGGCGAGGUCAUUGGGAUGAAGAUAGCGUGGUCAGUUCUCCAGAUCCUGGGUCUGCCAGCGAAUCAGGUGACCGAUAUCGCACUGAGCAGUAUCAAAGUAGCCCGCAUGAACCUAGCAAAAUUGAAACUCUGAUAAGAGCCACCCAGCAAAUGAUUAAAGAAGAAGAGAACAGAUUGCAACUAAGGAAAGCCCCUCCAGACCAACUGGCUUCCAUUAAUGGAGCUGGGAAAAAACACUCCCUCUGUUUUGCAAACUACCAACAGCCACCCCCGACAGGCGAAGUCUGCCAUGGCUCCACUCUUGCCAACACCUCACCAUGUGACCAUAUUCAGCAGAGAGAGGGAAAGAUGCUGAGCCCCCAUGAAAAUGACUAUGACAACAGUCCCACUGCGCUGUCUCGGAUGAGUAGUCCCAAUUCGGAUCGCAUUUCCAAAUCCAGUUUGAUCCUAGCUAAAGACUAUCUCCAUUCGGAUAUGUCUCCUCAUCAGACAGCAGGAGACCAUCCUGCGGUCUCUCCAAACUGCUUUGGCUCUCACCGGCAGUAUUUUGAUAAGCAUGCUUACACAUUAACUGGAUAUGCCCUGGAGCACUUAUAUGACAGCGAAACCAUUAGAAACUAUUCCUUGGGCUGUAAUGGCUCACACUUUGAUGUAACUUCUCAUCUAAGGAUGCAGCCAGACCCAGCACAAGGACACAAGGGAACAUCUGUUAUAAUAACCAAUGGAAGCUGAUGUUUUUCCAAAAUAUUUUGUUCUUGAAGGUCUGAGACAUAUUUAUAGUUUAAUGCCCCAUGACCAGCAUUUACUAUGCUACAGAUUGUUAGAGAGGAUAAUUUAAGUUACUGGGUAUUUGACAUGUGUUCCUUUGAAAUCAAAGAAAACAGCACUAGCAUUCAAGGUUAUACACAGAUAAUGGAGCUAAAUUGAAUACACAAAUUGCCCCUCUAACCAGAGUAGAUAAAUUUAGAAUUAAAAAAUACUCGCAUAGAUUAAGUGAGCAUACAUAUCAUAGGAAAGACUGAUGGAUUACAACAUGGCAUUGCGAUGAGCCAGUGAACCCCAUACUCACAGACUGCUAUCUAUAAACUGCAGUGGACGCUUUACGUGCAGAAAUACAGACGAUGUACCAGAAAUACACCCCACAUGGAUAACUUUCCUUAACCCUGGCACAUUAAGAUUCCUAAAGAAAUUUCCAUUCCCAAAAUAACUAAGAAAGAGAUACACCUUAUAAACUGGUUUCUUCUUUGUGGUUUUAACCAGCCAGCUCAUUUGGUUCAGAUAUAAAUUAGGGAAAUGGUUCUGGAUAUUAUAAAAAUGAGUUUUCACCUGGUAUCCAUUAUAAGCAAUCAGGAAGUGGUGAUUUUUUUUUUUUAACCUUGCUUUUGAGUUAGACAAGGAACAGGAUCACAUUGGCAUAUCAGUAAGGGUUUUUCUAAGUGAAAGUACUGAUAUGUUAGGACACACAUCAAAAACUUGGUGUGCCCAAUUGGAAAUAGUUUAGUGAAGAUGGAAAGGACAGAGGCAGAGAGAAGUGAAAUAACAUCUCCAAACAAACCAUUUAAGGCUCCGAAUAAGCAAUGAACAUGUUUUUGGGCCCAUGAAACCAACCAAAUAAAAAAUUCAAACCAAUUCCCAAGGAAAAAAGACUAAUAAGUGCGAAAGUGAAGUAAGGAAAACCAGUGAAGUGCUACAUGACAGCAGUGUAAGUGUUUGAAGACAUUUCAAAGCACAGAUGUGCAAAUGUGACAACAUGUGGAAAGCCUCAGGAGAGAAUCUAAGAUAAAAGCUUAGGCUGAUAGACAAGUGAUUCAAAGGGCAACAGGAGUACUUUGACUGAAGGAGCAGGCGAAGUGUUCAUUUUCUUUAUUGUUUGUAACCAACGAAAACAACAAACGGGGUCAUGUGAAACAGUAGAAAGACUAGCAGACUAGAUGCCAGCAUGCCUGGGUUCUGGUUUUGACCCUGCCUGUAACUUAUUUUUGGAACAUCGAUGUAUCACUCACCACGCUUGGGCCCUAGUUUCAUCUGUAUGGCAGUUCUAAUGUUCCAUGGUUCUGUGGUUCACUGGUCCAGCAGAGCUCAACUUGUUAACCAGUUAACUCUCUGCUGUGAGCUUUCAAGAGUGAUCAUUCUGGCUUUUCUGUGCUCAGAUAGAAGUCUAGAUGCUUUGUAACUUAAGCAGGUGCAUGGGCUCUUUUAGGCAUGGAUAGUUACAGACAGCUUUCUAGUUCAGCCAAAAUGUAGAUGGCAGAAACUAAUGAGGGAGAAGGAAAAUAAGUAAAAUUUAUUUAAUGCACUAUUGUCUAAUAAAGCAAGGUGACAUAAGUGAUUAAAGAAGUUUCAGAGAUAAUAUUUCCUAGGAGUCCCAUGCCUGAAACUCUUGCCAUAUUCAAAGAGGGAAUGUAUUAGAAGAAAUUGAUGUAUAAUUUUGAAGACAGACCAUGACAUUGAACACUCAGGGAUUAAUGCUAUAUUUUUACCAUAUAACACAAUUAUUUGGCAAUCUAGAGGUAGGUGACAAUCUGAAUGAUGAUAAUCUGAGAAAUGAAUUCUGAGUUGUUUGUACAUGAAAAAGAGGCUACAUAAAGUUAGAUAUUUCUUGGGUAUGACAGAGCAACUUUUGUGCUGUAAAUGGAAAAAGUGCAAGUAAGUGAGAAAGUUAGUGGUUAUAUGUACUUUCACAAAAGUUCAAACAAUAAAAACUAAAUUUUGAACUAUGUAAGCAAAAGUAUUCAGCAAUUUUGAGAAAAAUAUUUAUGAGCAACUCCUGGAAUACUUAAAAUGGAUUUUUGAUCAUUUUGCUACAUGAAGUAAGGUUUUAGGAAUGCUAAAGGUUUUGCAGAAUUCUGUAGAUGGAUAAAUGGUUCAAAGACACAAAUGUCUGAAGAAUAUAGUGUGUUUUGGAAAGGAAAUCUAUACAGAUGGGUUUUACUGAUGGAUAUAUAUUCUACUCAAAAGGUCAGAGACAUGCUAUAAAGGAAAUAGAAUCUUAAGAAUCAAGGAAAAUGAACUGAUAUGAAAGAAAAGACUGUCACUAAAGAAAUUUCAGUGGAAUUUUAUAUGGAAGAUAGUUUAUCAAGGAAAAAAAUUAUAAACUCUACAAAUAAGGGGUAAUGAGAAGGAAUAAUGCUCUGUAAAAGCAUGACCAAUAUUUUUAAGUGAGGACAAUUAACUACAUUACAUCUUAAUUAAAAUUUUGAUAGAUUGACCCAGCUUUAAAUACAAACCAUUUAUUUCCUUUGUCGAUAAUUUUAUAGUAGCAUAUUUAUUACAUUACAUAUAAUACCUUACAGGCCCACAGUAUUAUAUAGCAUACAUUUUUUGCAAUCUGGCAUGAUUUUUUCAAAAUGACCCAAGAUAAGUUGAGACCAUUAUGGCAAGGUACCUUUUUAGUAUACCGUACACGUAGACAUGUUAAAAUAUAUUUAUCAUCUACAUUAUUUUCUGUGCGGGAACAGAUUGCCUCAUAAUGAAGAUGUCAUCUGUGUCUUUUUAAAAUAUGGGAUGUAAAAGAUGUAUGUUUCCAAUAACGUAAUCAGUUAAAAUUAAAUUUAAAUUGGCUUUAGUUUUAAUCCUUGAUUUCUAUAACUUUGUUAAAUGCUGAGAAUCAUGAUACUUGAUUUAAGUAGAAAGAGAAGUAUGAUUUUUAUAUCACCUUGGGAAUUCAUACAAAUGUGCUAUAUAUCCAAUUACUCUCAUGACAUGUAGCAAUUCAUUAGAUGAUACAAAGCUCAUGCUUUCUAGUAAUAGUAAGAAUAUCUUUAUUGCCCAUUUUACCUGCCUGCCCUACCUAAUUAAAAAAUUUGGAUGACCAAAGAAAUAAAUGACUAUCCCCUAUCUUUCUUGGGAAAAUUUUGUUAAAACUAUUAUUGAGAAUAUACAGAGUCGAAGUAUUAUUUUUGAAUGCAUAAUAUUAAUAUCACAGUCACUACAAGUCAAACAUGUAAGUAUGCUUCAGCUCCAUCAUUUGACAUACAAUGUUGAAUAUAAUGGCCUAGCUUUUCUAACCUAUAACGCCUGUUAUAGGAUGACACAUAGUGCUGAUAUGACAUUCAAAAUGAGACAGGAUGCAAUAAAAGUUUUGCCUUCAGUGUUUAUACAGAAAACCCACUUCUUCUUUCAUGGGUUUAUUUUAUCGGAUUAGAAUAUUUCCAUUGGGUACAACUCUUAAUUAUCUCUAUACCCUGCUGCCAUGUGAUGCCUCAGGGCAGAGAAUCCCACUGAAAAUAAGCUUUAAUGGGAUCUUCUGGAAAAGGAUAAGAUGCUCCAUUUCCUUUUCUUAUUUUUUAAUGGGAUAUGAGGAAUGAUUCAAUAAAAGAUUAUUUGGAAAAUAUGAAUAGAUAUUUUAAAUAAAAAGAAAGACCACCCCCCCCAAGACUUAGACCAAUUAAAUUUGACAGAAAACACUACAGCUAAAGAGACACUCUGAAUACAUGUAUGAUAUUUCAUAGCUGUCUCUCUCAAGAGUAGGACGUUAUUAAGAUGUUCAGUGCAAUUCUAUUGGUACUAGUGGAAUUUGGAAGUUUCAGAAUGCAUCCUCUGGAAAACAGAGGAUUUGGCCAUUUUGGAGUGGCUUACCCUGCCCAGUGAAAUAGCUUACACUUUAACAUACUCUCUUUAAUGUAAAGAGUUUGAAUGCUCCAGUUCACUCAAGUAAUAGGACAUAGACCUACAUCAUAUUUUCUAAACAAUUUCAUAAAUCCUAUGUAAAUCCUAUGGGUCUCCAAAUAACUGAUUCAACUUUCAUGUAAAUGUCAGUUUUUGCAAGUAGGAAUUCAACUCUAAGAGGGCGAAAUCUAUUGGUUAGUUCUUACUGGGAAAUGCAUUGUGGAUAAAACAUUCAUUAUCAUUCUAAACUUUAAAUGAAUGACAGAACAGCUAUGAACAUAUGGAAAAGAUCUGACAUAGAAAAUGUUCUUGGGGGAAAUUUCUGUGUGGUGUUCAUUUCUUGUGAACAAGAGUUGUACAAGUAGGGCUUCACUCAAAAAGUGAGAUUGUGCUUAUAUCCAAAUAGGGAUUUGUUCAGAGUUCCUUCAAUCUAUAUGCAGAUGGGCUGCGGUUACACACACACACACACACACACACACACACACACGUGCGUGCGUGCAAUGGUGAAGCAAGUAACAAGAUCCUAUUCUGCUGUGCUCCUUAAAAACUGAUGGUUCAACAAGAAAUCCUAAUUAAUAAUUUUAAAACAAACAUUUAUAGUUUUAUUGUAAUUUUGCUGCAUGGGGCUUUGCUUUCAUAAACCUAUAUAGUGAAAAGUUUGUCCUAAUUUGCUGAUCAGGAACACAUUUAAUCCCAGUUGAAUUUACACCCAACAACCCUGGUGUGUUUACAUUUCAAAAGAAAUGAAAUUGGCGUGAAAAGAUUUAGAAGUACUGUAACUUUUUUUCCAAAGGGACAUAUUUCAAAAAAUGAAACAUAUGAGUAGGCACUUCAAAAAAAGAUAAAAUAUUUUAUGUUUGUUUUUUGACUGACAUGCUAUAAAAGGAUUAUAUUUGUGAAAGAAGAUACUGAUUGCCAAUAUUUCAAAUAUCAUCUUGCAAUGUAUAGUUUUUAGUGACAUCGUAGUAUAAAUUUGUAAUUUGAACUUUUACUUUGGAAUGUAAAGUAGAAAAUAUUAGCUAUGUCAAUGAUAUCUUGCAAAGUGUUCUCAUUUAUAAUUAUUUAUAUUGUAAAUAGCUUUCUGAAGUAAAUUCGAAGUUAAUGUGCAUAAAAUGUAUUUAUUAUGUGAGGAAUUUUUUUGGUUUAAAAUACAGUUACCAAUAUGCA